AUGGUAGCAGCAGUAGUACUCGGCCUUCUAGCAACCACUCCAUCGCCUGGCAAGCCCAGUCAAAAACCAACGCGACCCUGGUCGGUCAAAGCACAUGCAAACCAGGAUGGGAACCGAGCCCCGGUGGAGACGAGACGGAUGCUGAAGAACGUGCACGAUGGUGGAACGAAUAAUAAUAGAAGAGAAGUGGUGGAGAUCGAAUUGCGAGGGGGGUUGAAGAUUGAAGAUUGA